GUUCAAAUUGUACUCACACUUGAGUUGUUUCCCAACUCUUGUGAGGACUAGUCGUGACGUUUUGUGAGACGAAGACAUUACAUUAUUGUCAAGUUGAUAUUCUGCAUGCUAACAACUUGAUUUUUUGUUUGAAACUUGAUGUUCUGCUUUAAAGUUGAUACUCUGCAUGAUUUUUUUUUUAAACUUGGUGUUCCCCUGUGAAGUUGAUGCUUGCUGGAAACUUGAUAUUUUACUGAAACCUUGAUGAUCUGCUGUCAAGUUGAUGUUUGACCAUGUCUAGAACGCCUAUAGAUCUUGUGGCGCUGGUGGUCGCGCUAGUGCUACUGCCGGUCAACGGUUUCAACAUCGACUUAAAGAAAAGUCUGACCAUCACUGGACCUAAGGAUUCUCACUUUGGUCUCAGCUCAACUUUUGUGCCAGAACCUGGCAGCAACCAGAUCACAAUGAAGGUGGGGGCGAGCAAAUACAAGACGACGCCAGACGGACCAAAGACUGGGGCUGUGUUCCACUGCUCCAACGUUCUGUCCCCCAACACACCCCAGUGCCAGACGCCACCAGUCUACAUUCCAGACGGCAAAAAUUUUCCUGGUGCCAGCGAAGGCGAGGGGUUUGGUACAAGUUUAUCAGUUACAGGGGGCAACACGAUGGUGAUGUGCAGCCCCCAGUGGAAAGACACCAAGUUCGCCAGCUCCAAUUAUUUUACUUUUCUGAUUGGCAGGUGCAGCAUCAAAAACCAGACCACCACGAGCCAAGUGUCCCCUUUCAAUGAACCCGCCAAGUACAACGUCAUGCUGGACAAGGCGAGGGAGUUUCUCUAUGGACACGCCAUGUUCGGCUUCUCAUCGGACACCGAUGGGGGUUCGGUGCACGUCCUGGGGGCACCGGGAAUUAUGAUGUUUGAGGGAAAUGUUUACAUCAUGGACUUGCAGAGCAUGAAAAAUGCUACGGUGCCAAUUGUUACAGACAAUAAAAUCAACUCAACGGCCUACGGUUAUACAGGUUACUCUGUGAAGCUGGGCAAGUUUUGUGAUGGGACUGGGAUCUGUUUGGCAGCUGGUGCUCCCAACAUGCGAAGGUUUGGCACGGUUUUCCUGCUGCAGUGGAGAAGCAAGGAUGACAAAUAUCUGGACACCAUAUACAGUCUUGAGGGAGAACAGGCCUGGUCCAUGUUUGGCUACAGUCUGUGUGCUGUCGAUGUGGAUGCUGAUGGAUACGACGAGCUGUUGGUGGGAGCCCCACAUUACACAGUGAUGGAGAGGGCGGUGGACGGGCAAGAUCAGGGACGAGUCUUUGUAUACUCACGUUCUGCCAGUUCACAGAAGUUGGAACUGAAAUCCACACUCGAGGGGACGAAGAAAAGAUUUGCUCGCUUUGGUACGGCUGUGGGUAGAGUGGGUGACAUCAAUCUCGAUGGCUAUCAGGAUGUGGCUGUGGGUGCACCUGGAGAAGACGAUGAUGCUGGAGCUGUUUACAUUUAUCUGGGAACAAAGUCAGGUUUUUCCAACCCGGCCCAGCAGAGAAUCACGCCAUCACAGAUUAACUCCCCCGUCAAGGGCUUUGGAUUUUCCUUCUCCAACAACUGGGCCACUCCUGCUGGCCAACGAUACCCAGUUUUUGCCGUAUCGUCGGUCGCUGACAGCAAACUUAUCAUCCUCCAAUGCAGGACGGUGGUCAACGUCACAUCGUCACUGAGGACGGAGCCAGACAUUGUGGACAGCAACGAGACCAGCUGCUCUGACGUCACUGAGCCAUGUUUUUCUCUCAGCUUUUGUCUCAGAUACAGCCUUAUUGGUGCACCCUCCCCCCAGAUUCUCAACUUCACAGUUCGUGUACUGGUGGACCCGCAGGUCAAAGCUAUCUACCAGAAGAGGGCGCUGGUGGUCGACACGUCGGGAAAACUCAACGACACCUACACGACACAUAUCAGCUCCGGAUGUUAUACCAUGAGUGUCGUGCUCCAGGAGAUGCCGCUCCACCAGGACCGGUUUACGCCCCUGGAGCUGGUUGCCCAGUAUGACGUCAUCUCAGCCACGCCAGGGACGGGCCCAGUUAUGGAUGUCCUACAGCCAAACAGCGUCAGAACAACGGUCGCCUUCCAGAACGAGUGUGGCUCCGACAACAAAUGUCAAGUUGACCUGGUAACGACAGGAAGUCUGGAGUUUUUCCCUGCUACAAGCUCAAACUCUCUGGUGGUCAAUUUGACAGAUGAGCUAAUUGUCAAGGUCAAGGUGAGCAACCUGAAAGAGACGGCCUACUGGACAGUGGUCAGGGUGGAGGUCAGCUCGACGCUCUAUUUCCUCAAGGCCAAGUCAGACGGCAGCUGUGACCGAGUGGCACACACCAGCGCUGACCCGGGCACCAAUGCCACGGCGGCGGGGGAAAUGAGGGACACGGUGGUCAUUUGCAACUACUACAAGCCGCUAGCAAAAGAUGACGUCAUUCCAUUUUCUGUCAGCUUCCACCCAGAGCAACUUGACCUGAGUCGUUCAGAUCUUGAGGUCAAGGUCACCGCCAUGCCGAAAAACCAGCAGCACAACCCCGAGCAGACUCCGACUGACAAUACGGUCUCUCUGGCGGCGCAGCUUGAGAUCGUCCCUGACCUUUCUUUAGACAGCUCCUCCUCGCCGUCCGCCUACACGGUGUACGAAGCCAAAGGGAGCCAGUCAGACAGCGAUGGACGCACGGUGCCGCUGAACGUGAGCCACAAGGUCCUGAUCACCAACCGAGGGCCCAGCUUCCUGCCCGCCACUACCAUCACCAUCAGCGUCCCUGUGCUCCUGACGGACAGGUCCAAGAUCGUCCUACAGGCGAACGUCAGGCUGUCUGGUCCAGAUGGUGAGGUCACCAGCUGCACAGCUGUAGGCAACAUCAACAUCCUCCACAGCUCAACCACCACUACAUCAACAUCAUCGACAACAGUCACUUCAUCAGCUACAGCAAAUGGCAGCACUACAAAACCCAGUCAAGCACCACAGACCACAGCAUCUUUGACUACAGCAGCAGAAACCACCAUUGACUUUGGCGUCCCUAGCAACAGAAGAAAGCGGGCAGCUGACAGCAGUGGGGAGAAAACCUAUGUAGUUAGUUGUGAAAGGGACCCGGCCCUUUGUGUCCAGUUUAAGUGUGACCUACAGACGCCUAUCCAGCCCAAGAAGCACGUGGAAAUAAACAUCAGUUUGGUUUUAAAUCAAGCAAAUCUGCCGUUUCCUGAGGAUUCGAACACCCUGGUUUUGACGACAGACCUUCAAGUUGCUAGACCCCCGCAUCACCUGCUGAAGUCCUGGGAGGACAAGACGUUAAAGACAUCUACAAAGUUUCACCUGGUUCAGUCGGGCGGCAAGGUGAACAUCUGGAUCAUCAUCGGCUGCAUCGCCGCGGGUCUUGUCCUCAUCGCCAUCAUCGUUGUGGUCCUGUGGAAGCUGGGAUUUUUCAAGAGGAAGAAACACCAGGAGGUAGAAAAGUGGAAACGUGAAAGUAUCAGAAGGUCAAAGAAAGGUUACAGCAAAGCGGAGACCAACGACGGCCCCGGAGAGGGGGCGGCUGAGGGGGCGGCAGAAGGGGCAGCAGCAACGGCCGCAUCUAAAACUACAGAUGGUGAUUUGUAGAUGUCAACAUGAUUCAUCAGUCAACGUGUGUGCUAUGUAAGAUCAAACAUGAAGAAACCAAUCAUGUUGUACCACAAGUAACAUUGAAUAUAAAGUUUUGUCUAUCAACUACU